AUGAAUAACAAUCCUAUACAAACAUGUCGUUGUUCGUCAGAAGAGAAUAUUCAGUUAGUCACAAAUGCUCUUCCAGUUACGAUAAAUCUCGAACAUCAUCAGAAGAAAUCCUCUCAUCCAAUGUUAACACGAAAGACAUUAACUGAACAUCGUUUGAUGAGAUGGUGUGCAUUAAUUCUUUCGUUAAGUUCAUUGAUUAUCAUUUGGCGUUAUGUCACCAUUUUAAUUCUUUCAAUUUGGUUGUCAAGUAUUUGUCGACCGAUUCUUGAAUGGCUCGUCAAUCAUCUACCAUUAAUAAAUCGAUGUCGAGAGAAACGUUCACGUUCAGCGAUUGCCGCAUUUCUCCUCGUUUUUCUUGUUCUUGUUGUUAUUUUACCUAUUGUUUUGAUAAUUAUUGCAUUAACGGGUUCGACAAUUAAUUUCGUUGCGCAUAUAUCGAAUUCAACAACUGCUCGAAAUGCGAUCAACCUAAUCGUUCCGCCAACAAACGAAAAUUCGACAAGAAAUGGUACAAAUCAAACGAGCGAUUUUGACUUUGUCGAUUUUAUUCGCGGAGGGAAAAAUACAACAUUUCAUUUGCUCGAACGCUUAUUAGCACAACGAGAUAGUAUCACCGACGUUUUACAAUUGUUCGGCGGAAAGGCAUUAUCAGUUAUAUCAACUGUUGCAGGUGUAACAGCUCAAUUCAUUAUUGGCCUUCUGAUCUUUUUGGUUUCGACGUAUUCAUUUUUAUUACAUGGUUCGGAGCUUUGGACAUGGGCUAUUCGACAUAGUCCGUUGUCAACUAAACAUAUGAAUCGAUUUUAUGAUGCAUUUCAUGAAACAGGUCGAGGUUUAUUAAUUGGCGUAUGUCUGACAUGUGUUGUUCAAGGUUUAGUUGCAGCGAUUGCUUAUUUAUGUUUACAAAUUCCACGUUGGUAUGCCUUGGGCGUCUUAACUGGUCUUUGUUCAUUAAUUCCUAUUCUUGGAACGGCAAUUGUGUGGAUUCCAAUAACAGUUGGACUUUUUAUCCAACAAGCUCAUAUUAAAGCAGUAAUAAUGAUUGUUGUUGGAGUUUUGGCAAUUGGUUCAAUUGAUAAUUUACUUCGGCCAGUCUUUUCCAAAUUGGGUUCACUACAAAUGUCAACAUUAUUAUUGUUGUUAACAAUUUUCGGUGGAUUAGAAUUAUUAGGACCAUGGGGAGCAUUACUUGGUCCAUUGAUUGUUCGGUUAGCAACAGAAGCGGUGAUUUUGGUUCGUGAAGAUGAAGAUGAACAAACAAACACGACAUCAACACACAUGUAA